AUGUCGUUCCCGUCUGGCUAUGCAGAGCACACUACUAGAGAGCCACCAGCAUUUAAAGAAAAGGUUAAUCCAGUUAUCGGGGAGAUUGCAGAGACAUUAUCUGCUUUCAGAACUCACAAGUUUCGAGGAAAGAUUGCAAGGCAUGAAGAGUUAAAAACAUCAUCAAAGGAGCCUGCGAACAGCCGGAAGCCCAGCAAUAAGAGCCACCCCAAUGAUGCAAAUUGGAUGGAUAUGAAGUCAGCUGUUGAUGAUCUGUCUCAGCUUAUACAAGAUAAUAGUAAUAUGUUGAGAGAGUUGUCGCAGACCUUAACAUCCUAUGUGUCACAACAUGCAGCAGCAGCAACAGCAGCAGACCCUCAAGAUGGUGAGCACAAGGACGUCGAUAUUCAACAAUUGGUGCCGAUAAUUAAUGAGCUCCGACACAAGUUUCUCCAGCAAGAGGUCAAAGUCGAGCAGAUAAAGGAACAGGUUCUGCUGAAGGACAACAUUAUUCUUGAACGUGAAGAAACACUGAGAGAACUACAGACAAAAGCACAACAGUUAGAAGAGACAAUUAUGAAGCAAAGGAAGGCAGUUAAACAAGAGUGUGAAGCGGAGAUUAGGAAUUUACCAACGAAAAAAACAUUAAUAUAUAACUUGGCCUCCAGACCAAGCCACAGCCCUGCGCGUGACUGUACGGAUAUCCGGCUUCAAGGUGAGACUCUAAGUGGAGUCUACCAAAUCUUCCCUGAAAGUUCUCCGUCAGGUGUGAAUGUGAUGUGUCAGAUGGAAGAAGAAGCUGCCUGGACAGUGUUCUUGGCCCGUCACCGCCAGACUGUACAAGAGAACUUCACCAGGACCUGGCAAGACUACAAGACCGGCUUUGGUGACCCUCAUGCAGAAUACUGGCUGGGUAAUGACAACCUUCACGCUCUGACUGCCGGAGAUCACAGUUACCGCCUCAAGGUCGUCGCCACCAACCUCCGAGGAGAACACCAGUCUGCUGAAUGGGACACUUUUGCCGUGGCUGACGAAUCCAACAAGUAAUGUGU